CCUAUAAAUGUACCCAAAAAAUCUUUGUGAACUAUAAUUGCCUUCGAUUUUCCACCAUAGCCGCCAGCUUCUCCGUCGGAAUUUCGGCGCUGUUCCUUCCGACCCUGCUCUACGGUUUCCAUCUCGGUGUUGAUUCGAUCGUGUAUUGAUGGCAUCUAAACGCAUCCUCAAGGAGCUUAAGGAUUUACAGAAGGAUCCUCCUACCUCCUGUAGCGCCGGUCCUGUAGCCGAAGACAUGUUCCAUUGGCAAGCUACAAUUAUGGGGCCUGCUGAUAGCCCUUAUGCUGGAGGUGUCUUCCUGGUUUCCAUCCACUUUCCACCAGAUUAUCCAUUUAAGCCCCCUAAGGUUGCAUUUAGGACGAAAGUCUUCCACCCAAAUAUUAAUAGCAAUGGAAGUAUAUGUCUGGAUAUUCUUAAAGAACAAUGGAGCCCAGCACUAACUAUUUCUAAGGUGCUGUUAUCCAUUUGCUCCCUGUUGACGGACCCUAACCCAGAUGAUCCACUCGUACCUGAAAUUGCUCAUAUGUACAAGACUGACAGGGCCAAAUAUGAAGCAACUGCACGCAGCUGGACUCAGAAGUAUGCAAUGGGUUGAUAAUGAUAGAUUGCUCUGGAAUUGUUCAGAAGUGGAAAUUGGGUCUUUUGUGGUUCUAAUCUUAUUUAGGGUAAAAAAAUGUCUUAAGAAUGUUUGUUGUUUUUGUUUUUGUUUUUGUUUUUGUUUUUUGUUUUUUGUUUUUUGUUUUUUGUUUUUUUUUUUGAAAUGUGAUUCAAAGUUGGGAAGCAACAUAAUUACCAUCCUGUGAAUAUUUAUUGUGAGACGUUUAGAGGAGGAGAAAACUGUAAUUUACUGUUGCUGUGUCGAUCAGGAGGUUGUAUGGUCUUAUAUUAUGUUCCAAUUUGGCUGUGAUUGAAAUAAAAAUAAUGCUUUUAGACUAUA